CCACCUCUUUCAAAUCGGCAAAAUUGAUGCUCCGACACCGCCUUCCGGCAACGAUGACGCUAUCUAUUCACCUGCCAUCCCACCAAUUUCCCACCAGGGUCUAAUUAGGGAUCGAGUCGUCGCAAGCAAGGAAGUUUUCUAUUGCUUUAAUCCCCACCCAAUAUAUUUACUCGACAGCAGAUAGAUGCAAGCAUCACGAUCUUUGUUCCAAGCAGCAAUUCGCACACCAAUCUCUCGGUCCACCGGAGCGCCUGGCAUUAAGAAGUCUUACCCAUUCUUGAACGUUUGGUCAUAUUCUCCCUCGCCCACUAGAACCGGUAUUACUUCCGCUCAUACUCGCACCAUGGCAUCAGCUACGAGUUUCUAUGAUUUCAAACCUUUAGAUAAAAAGGGCCAGCCUUUUCCUCUUUCAAAGCUCGAGGGCAAAGUAGUGCUUGUCGUCAACACUGCUUCGAAAUGCGGCUUCACGCCACAAUUCGCCGGCCUUGAGAAGCUCUACCAGACAAUCAAGGCCCGUCACCCGGACUCGUUCGAGAUCCUCGGUUUCCCCUGCAAUCAAUUCAUGAACCAGGAUCCAGGCAAUAACGAUGACAUUCAGAGCUUUUGCCAGGUUAACUAUGGCGUGAGCUUCCCCGUACUGGCCAAGACAGAUGUCAACGGUGACAAGUCCGAGCCCGUUUGGGAAUGGCUGAAGGCGAAGCAGCCUGGUGUCAUGGGCUUGAAGCGCGUCAAGUGGAACUUUGAGAAGUUUCUCAUUGGAGCCGACGGCGUUGUCAAGGGUCGUUGGGCUAGCACCACCAAGCCUGAAUCUCUGGAAAGCGUCAUCGAGUCAGAGUUUGCCGUGGAAAUCUUCAAUGAAGGCAAAUCCGGUGAUAAAACUAGGCACCAGCUUGCAACGACGGCCGCUGAGGAAGCUGAGACUAAGGCGUGAAGGCUCCGAGGACUGACCACUAGCGAAUUGAUUUAAUUUUAGAUUGAUAUCUUUUCCUUGUCAGCUGUAAUAUUUGAUAAGCUGGGAAUUCAUGUCGCGUUGUCUUGUUUGUUUCUUUAUUGUUCUGCGUGGCAAUGUAUGGUCUUAGUAGCUGUAUCUACUGCCCUGUAUUGUAAUACUAGCCUGUGUCGAUAGUAACAAGCUCAUGCCCCUUGACUACUUACAGCAGUGCUGGUUCAUCCUACUAUCUAGAAUACUCGCCUCCAAUGAGGCUCCAUC